AUGUCUGUGAUCCUGGUGUUCCUGAGCAUGGCGCUGGCGGCAGAGGCUGUGCCCGCCAACUUCUUCGAGACCAUCGGCGGCGGUAUCGCCAAGGAAGCCAUUGCCGUCAAGCAACCGGUGCUGGAGACUGUCGUGGACAUCACUUUCAAGAAAUGUGAAACUGUAAAGAAGCUGUUCGGAUUGCAAUACACCCAGAUGGAAAAGAGUGGCAAAGAGCCGGACCUCAAUGAGCUGACACUCAAAUACGUCACACAAUCGUUGAAUAUAUCGCUGAACAUCAACUCGGCGGCGGGAUUUCUGCCCAAAUCCAAGCAUUUUAACAGAGAACGGUUUGUGAUCUACGUGCACGGGUUCGCGGACAACCCCAACAAGAGGUCCUUCGGCACUGUCAGCAAAGGGUUCCUGAGAAGGCAAAUGUACAAUCUCCUGGCGUUGGACGGCAGCUCGCUGAUCCGGUGGUUCUACCUUCGCUCCACCACCUACGUGCGGUUCAUGGGGGAGAAGCUGGGCAGCAUCCUCGCUGACCUCGUCAAUGAGGGUCUGCCGGCGUCCUCCAUCCACAUAGUGGGGCACAGCCUGGGCGCCCACAUCUCCGGGUUCACGGGCAAGCAGUUCCAGAAGCUGACCGGGCAGCGCGUGGGCCGCAUCACCGGGCUGGACCCCGCCGGACCCUGCUUCUCCAACCUGGAGCCAGAGCUCAAGCUGAGCGCGGAGGACGCAGACUUUGUGGACGUCAUCCACACUAACGGAGGAGUGGCCGGGCUUAAAGAACCAGUCGGCCACGUGGAUUACUACCCCAACGGGGGGGAGCAGCAGCCCAGCUGCCUCAUCGACACGUGCAGCCACAGCCGCGCGUGGGAGUUGAUGGCCGAGUCGCUGCACGACCAAGGCGCCUUCCCAGCGGUGCGCUGCAACUCCUGGGAAGACUUCAAGAAGGGCAACUGCGAUGAGACGAGUUACAUGGGCAUAGCGUCACAGCCCGGCACAAAGGGCAAGUUCUACCUGCAGACGGCCGAAUCCAGCCCAUUCGGACUGGGCGCUAAUGGGACACAGUACGUCAACAACGAGGGAAUCAUCAAGAACAUAUUCGGCCGCUAA